AUGAUGCCAACAGACUCUCAAGCUAAACAGCCCACUGAAAGGAAGCAAAAAGAAAGCAGUGAUGGAAAAGAACAAAUUGGACCUUCUGUGACAACAGCUUCUAAAAUCAAUAAUGCAGGAAAAGAAACUACAAGUCAAACUGAUCAACCCUCCCAACCAACCUCCAUAGAACUAGCAAAGGCUAAGUCUGAACAUAAGUCCAUAUCGGGUGGUGCAGCUGUUGCAACUUCCCCAGCACCAACUGCACCUGCAAGUGUGGCUACUGCAGCUGAUGAGUUGAGCACUGAGCCUGCUAUGGAUGAGUCUGCACUGGAUAGCCUAAUAGAUACUCUGGGUGGACCUGAAGAAGAUGCACCUGCUGGUCCAGUUUACGCUGGUCCAGAAGUUACGGAAGGUAUUUCUAAUAAGUACUUAGAGGAACUGGGUAAGCGGGAAGGUAGCCUCCCUCCAGAGUAUGUUAAAUUGUUGAAGAGCAAAGUGGACAGCAAAGAUGGAGUUCCACCAAAAAAAGAUGAACGUUCUGAGAAGCCAAUGACAGAUGAUGAGCUUGCAGAUGCCCUAUCAUCUGAUUUUACCUGUAGUACUGCUUCUACUGAAGAAAGGAAGGAAACAGUGACAGAGAAACCAAGUAAGGAAGGAGAGAUCGUUCAAGCAGAAGCAGCAAGUUCAGUCAAAAGCUCUGCUCCUCCUAAGGAGAAGAAAACAAAAUCCGAAGAGGAAAUCAAAGAUGAUGCAAUGGAAGCUCUUCUUGAUACUCUUGGUGAACCUGAACCGGAACCUGAAGAAGAUCUUAGCACUAUUGUAGAGGUGUCAGAGAUAAAAGCUAAAGAGAAGAAAGAAAAAAAGCAAGGAGAGCGUGAUGAUACAAUACCUCCAGAAUACAGGUUUAAGCCAGAGUUGGAUAAAGAUGGAAAACCGAUAUUACCAAAACCUGAAGAAAUACCUAAGCCUUUGAGUGAAUCUGAUCUUGCCGAUGAAUUUUCCAAAGACUUUGCCUGCCCUGCACAGCCUGCAGUACAAGCCAAACCAUCGAAGCCCGGCAGCGUGCCUGAGAAGCCUUCAGCUCCUGUGCCUGCAAAAACUACUAAGGAUGAAGUGGUUCCUUGUGCUGCAGCUUGCACUGUACAGGCUUCAGCUCCAUCAAAGGUUUCUUCAGUUGGUCACGAGGCAGAUGAAGCGCUGGAAGCCUUGUCUAGUAGUUUGGGAAAGAGGGAGCCUGACCCAGACGAGAAGGAGCCUGCUGUGGAUAAAGUCAAGGAGAAAACCAAACAGGAAGACUGCAAAAAACUGGGUGAAGAUGAAGAAACAAUUCCUCCAGAGUACAGAUUAAGCGAAGCAAAAGAUAAAGAUGGAAAACCACUCUUGCCAAAACCUGAAGAAAAAUCUCAGCCUAUGAGUGAAAAAGAUCUUUUAGAGGGUUUGACAGAAGGAUUUUCCUGUUCUCCAGCCCCUUCUGCACCAUUGCCGACACCAGCAAAGAAAAACAAGAAGGGUAAAAAAUCAGCAGGUUCCUCUGCAGGUUCCUCUGAAGUUGUCUCUGCUGCUACAGUUUCUUCAGUGCACUCGGCAGCUCCUCCAACUUCUACUUCUGGAGGAAAAGAGAUGGAUGAAGCUUUAGAUCUCCUGUCUGAUUCCUUGGGACAAAGAGAACCUGAUCCUGCUGAGAACAAACCGGUUGUGGAUAAAGUUAAGGAAAAGGCUAAGUCUGAGCACAGAGACAAACUUGGAGAAAGAGAUGAUACUAUCCCACCAGACUCUCGGAAACUUCUGGAGUCGGGCGAACAAGAUAAACCAGGAAAGACAGGAAAACCAGCAAAGAAUGGUGGGAAAUCCAAGGAAAAAAAGAAACCUGCAGAUGACUCUGCAGCCAUUGAUGCUCUAUCAGGUGACUUUGAUACCUGUGCAAAGACUCCUGCCACACCACAGCCCUCAAAGAACAAAAGCGGAAAAAACACCACCACCACUAAGCCAACCCCAAAGGAAGAAAGAAAAUCCAAAGAUCCUAAAAAGGCAAGGGAACAGUCCUCCGGCAGCAAAUCUGAGAAGCAGAAAACAAGCUAAACGCUAACAUUACUGGGUGAGAGUUCUUGUCUGUUCUCUGAACUACUAUAAAGACAGUUUA